AUGGAGCUGUCAAUGAAGUUCGGCCAUGGAGGGCAAUGUGGCGUUGUGCGAGGUCGGGUGUGUCGCCAGUCCAGCUUGGCUGCUAAAACGAGCAAUUGGGAUGGGAUGCUUCCAAGCGACAGCGAUGACAUCACCAGGUGCGAGGCGCGAGCGAGACUUCCUACCACCGUACUCAUGCCCCCGCUCGUUCAAGUCUCAGACACAACCUUGUCACGACCAACCUUUCCAUCGGAGCGCCUUUCCAGUUCUGGGAAACCAAAACAAGAGGAUAAUCCCCAAAGAGAGAGAUUCUCAGGACAGGACACACAAGAUCUCUCGCAACCUCUUUAUAUUUUUGCUGACCAUGCGCCCUUGCGCAAAAGGAAUCGAUCCUUGUCAGUCCGCUCCAAGAAGAGCAAUGGCGGCGAGAAGACCGCGCCGAAGCACCGCUUUACAAUGGCCUCCCUGCGUGGCACGCAACAACCCGAGCUCUCGAAGAAGCUGUACAAGAUUAUCAAAUCAGAGAACCAUGCCAUUGGCGCGUAUGAGGCUGCUGCGCGAGAACGCAUCGGAAUCGCCCAACAGCUCUCAGAGUGGGGCGAAUCGACAGAGGAUGAGACGAUUUCGGAGAUAUCAGACAAGCUGGGUGUUCUCCUUGCAGAAAUCGCCGAGCAGGAAGACCUCUAUGCGCAAGCUCUAGAGGACUACCGAGGAAUCUUGAAGCAAAUCCGCAAUACGGAGAGUUCAGUCCAGCCUAGUCGAGACCAUAAAAUCAAGGUGUCUGAUGAGAUUGCAAAGCUGAAGUACAAAGAACCUCAGAGCACUAAGAUUGUGCAGCUUGAACAAGAGCUUGUCCGUGCGGAAGCGCAGAGCUUAGUUGCAGAGGCGCAGCUUAGCAACAUUACCCGCCAAAAGUUCAAGGAGGCGUACGACCAUCACUUCGCUGCAACGAUUGAGCGCGCGGAGAAGCAAGCGAUCCUGGCCAAGCACGCGCGCCGGUUGUUGAACCUCGUUGAUGACACACCGAUCGCGCCUGGUGACGUGCACCCAGCGUUCGCCGAGGUCGAGGCAGCCCGCCAGGUUCUUACUGAUGCAGAAGACGACCUCCGCAACUAUCAGCUUGACAUCGAGCCUAUCCCAUCUAACGCCGGCACCCUCGGUGUAGGCGCGAUGCCCGGUGUGGCCAGUCCGACUAGCACUUCCAUGCCAGAGCAAAGCGUCUAUGCGAAGUCUACAACAACCGAAAACCAGGUGAAUGAGGGGCAGUAUGAUACCAGUGGUUCAGCCCCGCAGCCUUUGGAGGAAGCUGACCGGGUCGAGAGGCUGGAGCAGGCGCAAGUGCAGGCGCCUGUUGCGCGAGCCGCGUAA